UUGUCGCACCACUGGUCCCAUCUUGGUUUGAGAGAGAAGGGAGAGUAAGGCAAACCGUCCAUAUUACCGCUGCCUUGUCAGCACUUUUCACGGUGAUGGACCCUCCUAGUGGGGGAGACGAACGGCGGAGGCAGGCAGAGCGUCUUCGUCGAGAGGAGGCCUACUAUCAUUUCAUUAAUGAAUUAAGUGAGGAGGAGUACCGCCUAAUGAGGGACAGCAACCUGCUGGGCACUCCUGGUGAGGUAACUGCUGAGGAACUUCGCCAGCGUCUUGAUGGAGCUAAGGAGCGAGUGUCAUCUCAGCCCCGUACUGAGCAGCAAGCACAGACUGCUGAUUCUGGAGAACAGCAAGGCAGUAGCGGGGAUGGAGAGGAGAGAGGGGCUGGAGGGAGACGAACAGCAGGGAGCGCAGAACCUGGAGCGGAAGCAUCAAAUGGGGACUCAUUACUGGAGUGGUUGAACACUUUCAGGCGCACUGGAAAUGCAACUCGCAGUGGGCAGAGUGGGAACCAGACAUGGCGAGCUGUCAGCCGGACCAACCCAAACAGUGGAGAAUUCCGCUUUAGCCUGGAAAUCAAUAUCAACCACGAUCAGCCGGAGCCAGGGGAGCAUAAUGACACCUCAGACCCUGCAGAGUUGCCAGUAACUGCUCCAAACACGACAUCGGCCUCUAUACGCACCGCUUCCUCCUUCUCCAACCCUCGGCCUUCAACUACACCAAGGCCAGCCCCUUACCCUUCCCCCCGCCCAGCCCUCAGUCGGAGGAUGCAGACUCGGCGUACACGCAGCAGUACUACUACUCUUUCUAUGAGCCCCCCUGCUCUUCCCACACCAGUGGCCCCCCAAACCACUGCCCAGAGAGGUUCUACUUUGCACUUAGCUCCACCCCAAUCUGUUCCCACCCCUCCUCUUGACCAAACUGCACCUUUACAACUUCAAGCCCCAAAUGCAGAAGAGCAUGGGCGUGAUAAUAUGACCUCCUCUAGACUGUCCCGUUCACCUGAGUCCGGGCCUCAGGUCCCAGCAGUGGGACAUGAAUCACGUGGCAGUAGGACUCGAACACGUGGACGCACACGUAGGGCGGCGGCAGGUCCCAGCAGUAUUUCAUCACGCCUCACAAGGCGAAGUCGUUCACCCUUGCACAGAACACCUGUUUCCAGUAUCACUCCUCCAUCAAACACUGGAAUCAGUGGCUCUAGCAUCCACACUGUUGAGCCAAACAGUAGUGCAAAUUCUGUGUCCAUGGAGACAGAGGAGGUUGUGACAGAACCUGCAGCUGUAACAGAGCCUGCCAUAGAGACAGGAGAACGUGAGAGUGAGUCACAUAUUACCGGAGGAGGAAGUUCUGCAGUACGCCGGCAUCCAACUAUCAUGUUGGACCUGCAAGUAAGAAGGAUUCGACCUGGAGAAAACCGUGACCGUGAUAGCAUAGCUAGUAGAACGCGUUCUCGUGCCCGGGUUGCUGAGAAUACAGUCACAUUUGAAAGUGACAGUGGAGGAUUUAGACGCACAAUCUCCCGCUCUGAGCGAGCAGGUAUCCGCACCUAUGUGAGCACUAUCCGAAUUCCCUUGAGGCGCAUUAGUGAGACAGGCCUGGGAGAGCCAAAUUCUACUGCCCUUCGCUCCAUCUUACGCCAGAUCAUGACCGGAUUUGGAGAACUCAGCUCAUUAAUGGAGACAGAAGCAGACUCUGAAAAUGUUGCCCCUAGUCAUGCUGAUGCUAGUGGUACAAACAAUAGCACUAGCCCAGCUGGUCAUCUGCACUCAAAUGAGGGCAGCCGUCAGGUUGGUACAGGUGGGACAGAUCAGGAGAGACUAGGGUUGAUGGGAACUGAAGAGGACCAUGGUGGGCAGGCAAGGCUCGGAGGAGGUGUAGUGAGUACCACAGAGGGGCGGGCCACCAGCAGAGACACCAACAACCUCGUAGAGAAUGGCACUUUACUUCUGCGGUUGGCACACUUCUUCUUGCUGAAUGAUGAAGAGGAUGAUGAACACCCCCGUGGCCUGACCAAAGAGCAGAUUGACAAUCUAGCCACACGUACCUAUGGCCAGGCUAGUUUGGAGGGGGAGAUAGGCCGUGCUUGCAGUGUCUGCAUUAAUGAGUAUGCCCAGGGCAACAAGCUGCGCCGUCUGCCCUGUUCUCAUGAAUUCCACAUCCACUGUAUCGACCGCUGGCUCUCUGAUAACAACACCUGUCCAAUAUGUAGGCAACCCAUACUUGGAGUGCAUCAUGAUUGACUUAUUUGCUUAUAAACACAAAUGUCAUGUUCCUGGCUGGCUUAACUGAGCAGACCCAAGUGGGCUUUGCAUGUACAUAGCGCUUUUCAUGUUAAAUUUCUUUAAGGUUGUUUUGAAGGUUUGAAGCAAAUGUAUGAAAAAAGAAACUAUAAAUGCAGAGAAUUAACAACUUUA